GAUGUCCCUUCUCCAUGAUCGAAUUAGACCUCAUAAUUCCAAAGUCCACAUUCUUGACACAGAAACUUUUGAAACGACCUUUGGCCCCAAAUCGCAAAGGAAAAGACCAAAUCUUUCUGCGAGUGAUGUGCAGUCUCUUCUGGAGAACGCUGAGGCCUCCGCAGGGACCUAUGACCAGGGCAAGGACCGAGACCUGGUGAUGGAAGAUACUGGAGUGAGGGAUGAAGCACGAGAGGAGAUCUACAAGAAGGGACAGUCCAAACGAAUCUGGGGUGAGCUUUACAAAGUGAUUGAUUCGUCUGAUGUUAUUGUGCAAGUUCUUGAUGCUAGAGAUCCUGUCGGGACUCGUUCCCCACAUGUCGAAUCUUACCUCAAAAAGGAGAAACCGUGGAAACAUCUCAUUUUCGUCCUGAACAAAUGUGACCUUGUCCCUACUUGGGCCACCAAACGCUGGGUUGCAGUCCUCUCCCAGGAUUAUCCGACACUUGCUUUCCACGCCAGUCUCACAAAUCCCUUUGGCAAAGGAGCCUUCAUACAGCUGUUACGGCAGUUCGGAAAGUUGCACACAGACAAGAAACAGAUCAGCGUGGGCUUCAUUGGCUAUCCAAACGUUGGCAAGAGCUCAGUGAUUAAUACGUUACGAUCCAAGAAGGUCUGCAACGUGGCCCCCAUUGCCGGUGAAACAAAGGUCUGGCAGUACAUCACCUUGAUGCGGCGGAUCUUUCUCAUUGACUGCCCAGGUGUAGUUUAUCCAUCGGAGGACACAGAAACUGACAUUGUGCUGAAGGGAGUGGUUCAAGUUGAAAAAAUAAAGAGCCCUGAAGACCAUAUCAGUGCAGUGCUCGAAAGAGCGAAGCCAGAGUACAUCAGCAAGACGUACAAAAUUGAUACCUGGAAAAAUGCAGAGGAUUUCCUUGAGAAGCUAGCCUUCCGGACUGGAAAACUGUUAAAGGGUGGAGAACCUGACAUGCAGACUGUGAGCAAAAUGGUCCUCAAUGACUGGCAGAGGGGCCGUAUACCAUUCUUCGUUAAACCACCGAAUGCAGAGCCAGGCCCUCAGCCCUCAUCUUCUUUAGAAGUAGCUGCAGUGCCAAGCCAAGCUGACAGUGAUGAGCAGAGCUCAGAGGCUGUAGCUUCGAACACGGAGUUGGUAGAGGAAGGGGAGAACAAAGCGAACGCAGAAAUGAAGCAACUCAUGUCUCACGUCCGGCAGAACUUUGGGAAGAUUAAUGUGGCAACUCAUUUCUUGGAAGAAGACCUGGUUCCUGUAGAUAUGUCAGAUAUUGACAAGAUGGACAGCGAUCCUUCUGGAGGAGAGGAGGAGGAAGAGGAAGAGGAAGAACAGCAGCAAAACUUAGCUGAGGAUGACUCCAACUCCCAUAGAGAAGCUGCCAGGGAGGGCUCCAAGGCAGUUAUUAAGGUUUUGGAGGAAAAGAUUGCAAAAUACAAAAAAUUCCUGGACAAAGCCAAAGCCAAGAGAUUCUCAGCAAUAAGAAUCCCCAGAGGGCUCAGUGAAAAGGUAUUCACAACAUCGGAGCAGAAGUCUGAAGAAACCAAAGAACCAGAGGCCAGAGGGUGCACCAAAAAGGGAAAGAAAAGGAAAGCACAAGAGGAUGAGGAGGAGGAUGCCCUUCAGGGUAAAAAGCCGUGCAAGAAGCUUACAUCCAAAGAAAGGAGAAGAGCUGAGAGGCAGCAGCACACCAAGAAAGUUGGGGUCCGAUACUAUGAAACUCACAAUGUGAAAAAUAAGAACCGGAACAAGAAAAAAAGUGACUCGGAGGGACAGAGAUCAAAACACAAGAAAUUUAAACAUAAGCAAUAACUGGGGCUUUUAUUAAAUUUA